AUGGAAGAAGUAAAGCUAUUAGGAUUCUGGCCUAGCCCCUUCAGUCAUAGAGUGAUAUGGGCUCUAAAACUGAAGGGUGUGAAAUACGAUUAUCUGGAAGAAGACCUUCCCAAUGAGAAGAGUCAAUUGCUAUUGCAAUACAACCCAGUUCACAAGAAAAUCCCUGUCCUUGUUCAUGGCGGCAAACCAAUUGUCGAGUCCUUAGUCAUUCUUGAAUACAUUGAAGAAACAUGGCCCGCCAAUCCAUUGCUGCCAAAAGAUUCCCAUGCAAGAGCCUUAGCUCGAUUUUGGAUACAGUUUGGAUUACAGAAGGCCCCCAUUUUUUCCGCAUUUUUCCAAACCACUGGAGAAGAACAAGAAAAGGCAAUAAAAGAGGCACAGGAAGUUUUUAAGAUCUUGGAAGAGAGAGCUCUAGGGAACAAGAAGUUUUUCAGUGGUGACAGUAUAGGGAUGGUUGACAUUUCAUAUGGAUGGUUAGCUUAUUGGUUUUCUGGCAUGGAAGAAGCAGUGGGUGUCAAAGUGCUAAAUCCGAGAACUUUUCCACGCCUGCAUUCUUGGAUUCAGGAUUUUAAGGAAGUUCCUGUGGUCAAAGAAAACCUUCCUGACUAUGCAAAUAUGGUGACCUAUAUGAAGUUCAUGAGGGAAAAAUUCACUUCACACCUUCCAUGUCAUAAUCACUAGUGUUGUGUAUGAACUAA